AUGAAGUUCACAUUGCCUAGGGACGCGCUUCCGGCUGUGACUCUGACCAAGGAGCAGCAGGCCGCGUUCAUCGAAGAAUCGGAUACCGUCGUGCGCGAGACGCUGGCAGCCAACGAGGAGUUCCUGGCAGGUGGCGCGACUUUCCGAGACCCGAAAUGGAAGAUGGUGCGCGUGAAGGAGGGGCUGAGCGUCUACUGCGAGCGUCGAUCUCGGUCCAAGGAGUCGAAAGCCCAGAGAACAGCACAGAACCACAGCAGCAACUCCUCUUGUAUUCAGGACCAGAUGAAGACUCCAAACGUGUCGUUAAUGGUCCUGCACGGCUCGGUAGAGGGAAACCUGGCCGACUGCAUGUACGGCACCUUCGCACCUACCAACCAAGCCUGGAUGUGGCGCAGCUCCCAUCUGAACGACCGUCUCGACGACGCCCGAGUACUAUCAACUAUCCGAGGACCCACACGAAAGGACCCCUUCCGGUUUCUCGGCAUCAAGUGGUUCGCUAAGGAGAUCCCGGCCGUGCUGUCAGGUAUCGUCCAGCAGCGAGACUACCUCAUGCUGGAGGCCACCGGACUCACGCGCGACUCGAGGGGCGACACAGUCGGCUACUAUAUAUUGCACUCGGUCUCACUGCCGGAAGUCCCGGAGCUCUCAGAGUUGGGUAUCGUCCGCGGACAGAUGAGUCUGUGUUUCAUCGACCGACAGAAUGACCCAGGCAAAGUCGAGAUUUACUGCCGCGGCUUCAGUGACCCCGCCGGCGAGAUGAUCGACCAAGUGAAUGUUGCCAUCACUGCAGACUCGCUCAUCUCCGCCGCGGGGGUCAUCGACUACGCGUACAUCAAGAAGCUCACGUGGCUCAUCAAGCACAAGGGCGCCUCGACACAGUCCGAGUCUGGGGGAUUUCCUCGGCCCAGUCGCUGUGAGACCUGUGACAAGAGCUUCUCUAAGUUUGCGCUCGCUGGGGUGGGGUCCGGUAUCCCAUGCCACAUUUGCCGUCGCGUGGUUUGUGGCAAGUGCAGUGUGGUCAAGAAGAUGACUGUGGACGUGUCCAGCACUGGAUCUGUGAAGCAGUGCGCUCUUCGGUUUUGCUUGGAGUGUAUAAUUGAGGCGAAGGAGAAGUCGGUCUGGGAAUUGGCGCUGAGCGCGGUGGAAAAUUCCUCCGAGUGCUCCUCAACUUCCAGCUCGGAAUGA